AGCUGAGCGAGGAGCCUCUGCCUGCCUCAUCCAGGACAGGAAGGCGUGUGGACAGACCCCCGACCCCCCCCCUGCCCUGCCCUGCCCAGGGCUGCGAGGACCGUUGUGCAUGGCCCUGAUUCUGCCAAGCGUGAGACCAAGGUUGCGCUUGGCCUCUCUGAGAGCAAGUCACUCCCACCUUCGUGCCCUGUCAGCACAGACCGUCCUGCAGAGGAAGCAAUGAGGCACCUGGCCAAGAAGACUUCUGGGGGCUGCCGACCAGCUGCUUUUUUCUGCUUUGGACUAACCCUCCUGCUGGUGGUGCUGUACUACAUCAUCGCCACCGAGGAGCCCCGGGCCCAGUCGGCGCCCCCGCCCGCGCGCGACCCCCGCCCGGCCCCGAUGCCCUCCCCAGACGCCCGCGAGAUGCAGGCGCUGCUCCAGCUGAUCGCGUGGCCGGCUCCCGCCGAGGCCGCUGACGUGGCGUUCGCCAGCUCCACCAGCCCGGAGAAGAGCGGCUAUGCGCUCCUGCACGCCCUGCGCAACUACACGGUGGGCGACACGCUGCUGGUGCGCCUUGAGGCGCGCGACCACGCCGGGCGGCGCAAGCGCUACGGGGGCGACUUCGUGCGAGCCAAGGUGCACUCGCCGGAGCUGAAGGCGGCCGUGGCCGGGACGGUGCAGGACCACGGCAACGGCUCCUACACGCUGGCCUUCCCGCUGCUGUGGGCGGGCGCCGUGCGCGUGGCGGUGCGCCUCACCCACUCCAGCGAGGCCGUGGCGCUGUUGCGCCGCAUCCGCCGCUCGCAGCCCUCCACGGUCGCCUUCUCCGGCUACUUCGCGCAGCCAGACCAGCCGGGCAAGGAAGAGGUGACCGAGUGCAACGUCCACCCGCCGCCCGGGCCGGCCUGCCAGUACGUGGACCCGGGCACCGGCGAGCGCUGGUUCUGCGUGCGGCCCCAGGCGCACCCUUGCGCGGCCCUUGUGCGCCACUCGUCGGGGCGCUACAAAAGCGUGCUGGCGCCCAGGGAGAAGGCUUUCUUUGCAAGGGCUGUGACAGACCAACCCAUCCCAGGGAGUGUGCCUGUUAUCCAGGUGCUGUCCAAGCCCCAGCAGGCCAUCGUGACGCCACCCCCUCAGCCGUGCCGCCCUGGCCUUGCCCCCGCUAACCCAGUGGGCUUCUACUACCAGGACACCUGGGUUUCCUUGCUGUGUUCCAGUCGGCCCUUCACUACUCCAGACUCGGCCCUCAGCUGCCUGAAAGGAAAGAUCGUUCACAUGGUUGGAGACUCCACCCUGCGCCAGUGGUGGGAGUUCCUGGUGGAAUUCAUCCCUUCACUCCAGCAGAUCGACCUCCACGUCACUUACCAGUCGGGGCCUCUCCUGGCCGUGGAGGCCACCCGAGGCCUGGUGCUGAGCUGGCGUGCCCACGGUCUCCCUCUGCGCACUGGCAAGACCAUGAUGGCUGACUUGCACUACCUGGCCAACGAGCUGGAUGCGCUGGGCGGUGGCCCUGACACCGUGGUGGCCUUCACACUCUGGGCACACUUCACCACCUUCCCCCUGGAGGUCUACGUCCGGCGGCUGCGCCAGGUGCGGCAAGCUGUGGCCCAGCUCUUGGCCCGCAGCCCCCUCACCACCGUGGUCAUCAAGACGGCCAACACCGGCUACAAGUCUGUCUACGGCAGCGACUGGCUCUCCCUGCAGCUGGAUCACCUGCUGCGCGCCAUGUUCGCCGGCCUGCGUGUGGCCAUUGUGGAUGCCUGGGCCAUGACCUCCUGCCACUACCUGCCCGACAACAUCCACCCUGGCAAAGUCGUGGUGAGGAAUGAAGUUGCCUCCUUCCUCUCCUACGUCUGCCCGUGAGACUGAGCCAGGAGGGAGAGGGAAGGAGCCCCAGACGGGGGUCUCCAGAUGCCAGAUGUCUUGCCACACUCUGCUCUGUGGGUCGAAGAUCCCCUGCAGUGGGGAAAGGGGCCUCCAGAAAAGUGGGGGGCACCCUUUCCCCCCAGCCACAAAUGUUAUGGGGAAAAUGGGGGGACUUUGGGUCCCUGGAGGUCUGCUGUGGUCAGAGAUACAAAUGGAAGGAAGCAAGCCAAGCUGCUGAUCUGUAUUGGUCUAUUGCAAUAGACCAGGGGUCGGCAACCUAUGGCCCAUGGGCCACAAGUGGCCCACAGGGGUCGUUUAACUGUCCCAUGAGCCCCCCCAAACCGAGCCGCCCGCUCGGCAAGUCCCCACACGCUGCGGUAAACUGGUGUAGCGCAGCACGGGGACUCGUUUUCACAAUGCUGGAAAUUGCAUCUGUGCAGACGCAGACGCUGGAAAUUGCGUCUGCGCAGAUGCAGAUGCCGGAAAUCACAGGCACACGCACACGCAAUCCAGCCCACGGAGGGAUCUCUGCUGGAGUGAACCGGCCCAGGCGAGGUAAACCUUGCCAACCCCUGCAAUAGACUCACCCCCGCCUGCCCCCCUUGCAGGAGGUGAGGGAGCCCUGAACAAAAGCAUGUUACAA